CGAAAUUUAGGACAAGAAGAUAGCAAUGCCCUUUGCAAUCUCCUUAAGAAUGACCCCAUGUUUUCCAGUCGUCGCUGACUUGUCGUCCAUAUUCCCACAACUUGGAGCGCGUCUCGAUCAUUUGAAAACUUUCCACAAUGCGCUAUCCAAUUUUGAUGCUCUCCCUAUCAGCCUAUCUUUUAAUUUUUGCUUUUGGAAUCCAAAGUAAAGCGGUCCCACCGCCUCGCACGUCUUCUCCCCCAACAGGUUCAGCCCUCAAAUUUGGAUCGGCUUCCGCUCAAAAAUAUGCGGUACCCCAGAAACUUCCGUUAAUGGACUUUUCCAUCCCCCAAACGUACGCUGGUUUGAUGAAGCUUUCCGAUAAACCUGACUCAACCGAGCAACAAUUAUUCUUUUGGUUCAUACCCACUGAAAACCCAGCCGCGGUCAAGAACUUGGCAUUGUGGACCAAUGGAGGACCUGGUUGCAGCUCUCUAGUUGGCGCCUUCCAAGAAAACGGUCCGAUAAUGUGGGACUCGGGUAGGGCAAAAGCUAUCAAGAACCCAAAUUCCUGGUCUCAAGCUGCCAACAUGCUAUACCUCGAGCACCCGGCUAACGUUGGAUUCAGUACCGGGAAGGCCGUCAUCAAUAAUGAGAACCAGGUCGCAGAUUACAUAUUCAAGUUUCUGACUAAUUUUCUUAAAGUAUUUCCUGAAAUGAAUUCGGCCAACUUUUAUUUGACCGGUGAAUCGUAUGCUGGACUGUUUAUAAGUUACACGGCAAACCUCAUUUACGCCAGGCAAUCCGAACUAGCAUUGAAGUUGAAAGGUGUACUUUUCAUUGACCCAGUUCUGUCAGACUCGGUCCUACAAGAGGAUGUCUUCGUCUAUCCCUUUGUGAAAUCGCACCCAGAUGUCAUCAAAUUCAACGCUACCUUCAUGAAAGAACUUGAAUCUUCCCACAAAACAUGUGGCUACGCCGACUUCAUUGAAAAGUAUUACAAAUUCCCCGUUCCAGGACGCUUUCCCAACAUCUCCAGUGUUAUUGAAGGGGAAAAAGGCGACAAAUGUAAACAGUGGCGUAAAAUGUCUAAUACCUUGCCCGACGAUUUCGACAUUUACAACAUUCGCCGUAAAACCGGAGGCUCCGAUCCUCUCUUCUCCAACACUAUUUAUUUGGACCGCCCGGACGUUAGAAAAGCCCUGAAUGUUGGUGGUCAUGUGCCUUGGCUGCGAUGUUCCGAUGCCACGAACAUUUUUCCCAAUGGAGACUCCUCACCGAUUCCUGCGAUCAAAGUUCUACCUGAUAUCAUUCCCAAAGGCAAGACUAUUGUUGUACAUGGAGACUUAGACGCCCGACUCCUACUUGACGGACAGAAGCUUGGUCUACAGUCAAUGACAUGGGGAGGCAAGCAAGGCUUUCAAAAGCCUAUUGAUACCAAUUUCAUGGUUGCUGGCAAGCUACACGGAAAAUACCGCACUGAGCGUGGUCUCACCUUUGUACAAGUCUCCGAUUCUGGGCACAUGGUCCCACACGACCAACCUGAAGCCAGCUUGGCCAUUUUCCAGUUCCUGAUCGGUAAUCGCGCUAAUCUUUAAUUGUCUUCGGAUAUUUGACUCCCCUGCACAAGCGAUGCCAGUCGGGGUGUGGUUGUUUGAAGGAGAAUCUUUGACCCAGGAACUGGGGUCCUUUUUUAGAAUAUUAGUGUCACUCCUUGAAAUUCUUGAAUGCGUGUACAAAUACCAAUUAGUUUAAAAAUGUAAAAGACAUGGUCAAUUUCUUGACUCAGGAUUCAAUCUGAAGAAGCCCAUUGGGGUCUGUCAAACUACUACUGUAACUUCUGAACCACUCAGUAUGCAGAGUGGGAAUACCAUCCCACAGCACCUUCCAAAGAAGGCACUUA